CACGACUUUGUUGACGAGUUGAAACAAACACGGCGGGGUUCAGUCUUUUUUGGCAGUCGUCAGCUCCCUGGUCCAGCCUCCAACCGGUGGUGUUAAGCAUCUGCCCCAGGUCCUCCUCUUCCAAGCUUCGACCUUGGGACCAGUGCACACUAUGCUCAUUCGUUGGCUCCUGCAAGCCGGCGCCGAUCCCAACGGCCAAGGGGGCCCGCUGAGACCCUUUACCAUGUUUCUGCUCAGCCUCAAGGUGGAAUGUGGCAUGGGGGACAGGGUCGCACAUGACAGAAUUCUCGACCUCUUCGCGACUCUACAGGCUUAUAUAUCAGCUGGAGCAGAUAUGGGUGAUGUUGUGUUUUCUCUAUCCGGCAGAGCAACCACGCCUACCAUUGUGUUUGUCCUUCCGAUCAUCUGGUCGACUCGGGUGUCACCCCUUGAAUGCAACCAUGCUCAACUUGCUCAGUACGCUAGGCAAGCCAUGGAGGCAUGUUUGGGAUCGUCGGAUGGCGGUGCCAUCGGACGUCCGUCGGAUCACUUGCCGAACCUUGGUCAUGAGAGUCACAAAAGCUAUGAGAAGGUGCUUCUUGCUAGCAGAGUGAAGCCAGGGAGUCUCGUGAAACCUGGGAUGAAUCUACGAGGCCGAGCCCAGUGCGUUGCUAUCAAUAACUCGGACACAAUGUCAGGUCGAACCUUGGACGUCAUAGCGCCUGGACUGUUGGAGAGACGAUAUGUCGAGAUGGACUCGUUACUGGCUGAAGUUGUGCAAACUGGAAUCCCCAUUACUGACCCCACGUGUUGACUCGCAUUCAAGGGAAAAGCCCGCUGAGUGCUGGGGGUGGAUAACAGUUUUGAGUGAGGACAUGGUCCUUGCUCAGUUCCAACUGUUGACAGUAUUCCGGGUCCCAUGGUUAAUAUGGAGAUGUGGACCGUGAUGCGGCUGUUUCCGCCAAGAGUCCCAGAAAGUGCCAGCCAAAUGGGGGUUUUGUGUACGAGGACGCGAUAUGGGAAUGAGGAGAUUGUCAUGCUCACGGCAAGUCUUGGGGUGGCAUCUAAUGCAUGCCUAGGGCCCUUGAGUUAUGAACAUUUGACAGCGUUCAAUCUCCAAUUCACAUAGUUGUGAACCUCUCUCCAGUCGAAUUCUUUCACCCUUCGAAUCUUAAUGCCUGGGACUCAAAGUA